AUGAGAUUAAGCGAAAUAAUUACUUCAUAUGUGUCUGAAGAACAAGACAAGCUGUUUUUCUUCAACCAGAAGUACCUUUUACAGUACCUUUUACAGUACCAUGCUGGCUCAAGUCUGGAAGCAAAAAAGACUGUUCCAGGAGCAUCAUACUAUGCCAAGGUGAUUAACUUCUUUAAUUUCCACUACAGAGUGGGAGAAUUAUUUAUGGAAUAUAUCAAGUUUAGUUGCAAAGAAAAAGAGUGUGAGUUCUGCCUUUCUUGGAGUGGUGUUCCAGUUGAGAAAGUACCUCAGCCUGUGCCUGAUCCCACAAGACCAGGACACUACAUGAAUGUUUCAGCCACACCUUCUCUUACAGAUGGAGUUGAAAGAGCAGUUGAUGAUUGGCUACCUAGAGGUAAUAUAUCAAAGUUGUUUAACUCUGGUGAACUCUCCAUAAAGAAGGAUGACAAACGACAGAGUUUGCAGAUCAAUUUAUUGUUAAGAGAGAGUAUGUUGUAAGCUAUGUGCAGCAUCUCACCAAUCUUCGAGCUGGAAAGAAGAUCAGGGAAAAUAAGAGAAGAGCAGAACAGGCCAGGAGGAAUGAGAAGGUAUAUGAAGAAUACAAGUGACUAGAACUUGUACUCAGAGGAGAGCUUGGGAAAUUGAAGGUUGUAGAGUUGGAUAAAUACCUUGAUCAACACAAGCUCAACAAAAAAGGAAGAAAAAGGGACAAAUUAGAUUCUAUUACAGCAGAUGUAUUGAGAAAGAAGCAACAGAAUGUGAUAGAAGAAGCAACGGAACAGAUGGUGAAUCAGGAUGAAAGUGGUGAUGGGAGUGAUGAUGAUGACCUGGUUGUUGAAGAAAUUGGAACUGAGAGUAGUACCAGCAGUGAAGUGGAGAGUGAAGCACCAGCAGUUGACCCCCUUCCAUUGAUAGUUAGAACUCGAUAUGGACGCGGUGCAUGGCAUUGGAAUUUGUUUCAAAUGAAUUAA